AUGGGGGGCGGUAACCAUCUCGCAUUGUCCUCCACAGGUGCGGUGAAAGGCGACACCCUCAUUGACGUUGGCUCCGCCCCGUCCAUCUACCAGCUCCUCUCCUCCUGCGAAGCCUUCGAGAAGAUUAUCGCCACGUGGUUCACGCAGAGCGAGCUGCACCAGCUGCAGAAAUGGCAGAACAAAGAGGCCGACGCGUUUGAUUGGUCGUCCAUCCUGAAACACGUCUGCGGUCUGGAGGGAAACAAAGCGACCCCCCAGGAGAAGGAAGAGAAGCUGAGGGGGAAAAUCGAGAAGGUUUUGCACUGUGACGUCAGCAGGAGCAACCCCCUGGCACCGAUCGACGCUCCCAAAGCCGAUUGCGUCACCGCCGUCGUUUGCCUGGAAGCGGCCUGCAGGAACUUCGAGACCUACGGCCUGGCCCUCAGGCACCUGUCCCACCUCCUCAAACCCAACGGGCACCUGCUGCUGGCGGGGGACCUGGGCGCCAAUUACUACGAGGUCGGCGCCGAAAAGGUCUUCUCGCUGCCCGUGAGCGAGACGUUCCUGAGAGAAGCGCUUCCCGGAAACGGCUAUCGCAUCGUAGAGCUGGCCACCUUCGGGAAGCCCGACGACGCCGACCCCAACGCUUCCGACUACGAGGGCUUCUACUUCGCCCACGCCCAAAAAAAAGUGUAG